AUGGCUCGCACUAAGCAGACUGCUCGUAAGUCCACUGGCGGCAAAGCGCCACGUAAGCAGCUGGCCACCAAGGCUGCCCGCAAGAGCGCGCCAGCCACUGGCGGAGUGAAGAAGCCUCACCGCUACAGGCCCGGUACCGUGGCGCUGCGUGAGAUCCGUCGUUACCAGAAGUCCACCGAGCUGCUGAUCCGCAAGCUGCCGUUCCAGCGGCUAGUGCGGGAGAUCGCUCAAGACUUCAAGACCGAUCUGCGCUUCCAGAGCUCUGCCGUGAUGGCGCUGCAGGAGGCGUGCGAGGCCUACCUGGUGGGGCUCUUCGAGGACACCAAUCUGUGCGCCAUCCACGCCAAGCGUGUCACCAUCAUGCCCAAAGAUAUCCAACUAGCCCGCCGUAUCCGCGGCGAGAGGGCUUGA